AUGGCAUGUUUCCAACUUACUCAGACCGUAGCAGACGCCUUCAACGCGCUUGCGGAUGAGGUUCAGGUCUUGUCUGACCGAAAGACCAUCUUGGAGCACAAGCUGCGCUUUGCGCACGAGCAGUUCCAAUAUCUGGCCGACAAAUAUGCCCCGGCUGCACCGGAGAUAGCCGAGACGUUGGCCAAGCUCCAGCUGCCAGCUCACACCUCUGUCGAUGAUACCUUGCCUGUGCCUCUUCCUAAGCAAAGCUCUCUGCAGUCCCCGCACCAGAUUGCUCUCCUGAUUCGUGACGGACGCCGCGCUGCGAACAAGCUGGUUGCCUCAUUGGGUGAAGCCAGCAAGACCACGGCAUCAUCCAGAGACACGCUAUCUCAAACCUCCCACGUAGAAACCUCCAUCUCGACUGCUAUGGAACAAGAUUUCACCCUUGAGGGGAAGAAAGGCAAUCUGCAGUGUCCCUUUGCUAAGGAUGCCGCUGCUCAUGCCGAUCGAGACCAGAAGCCUGAAACCGGCCCGGACUCGGCCCCAAACCGCCAUGAAGACCCCAUCUGUGCUGCCAUGUACGAGGAAGAGACGUCUCAGCAUGACGCCGUAAACGGAACGCAGGCAAGCAAGUGCCCUAUCCGAUUCUUAGACAAGCACUCCCCAGAGGAGAUUGCCCAUUACGUUGAGACGCACAAGCACGAGCUGCCUCGCAGCCACGAGGUCUGCGUGCGCAGAUACCAACGCAACGAGGAGCAGAUUAGGAAAUUGGAUGCAAAGUAUGGAAACAUUGUGAGCAUGAUUGAAGACUUGAGCCAACUCCACAAGCCGAUGCUGCCGGACGAGGAGCACGCACGCCGCCCCAGCGAUGCCACGAGGACUUCGGCCGAUCGAGUAGAGAGUUGGGCGCACGCCAUCAGCUCAAGCACGGACCCGGAGGCCCCUGCCGAGCCGCCGGCCGACAUGGACGACGAGCGGCAGAGUCACUUCGACCGGCCGCUGAAGGAGGUUCGCGUGGGAGAAUCACCAAGCCGUCCAUGGGGCAUCUCCGUGCCGGUGGCCUACGAACAGUCGGGCAACGGAGCCGACCAUCCUAUGUCGCCGCCCCCUGCGCCUGUUCGAAUGCCGAGUCCCGUCCAGAGCACUCAGACGCCGGCGAAGCCCGCGGGCAAAUGCCCCUUUGGCCACACGGCAAACGCCAACCCGCCUGCCUUUGCUGGGCUGAACAUCUCGGCGUCGCCCAAUCCCCAGACGCAGAAUGCCCCUGUCGCCAACGGCCAUGACUCUGCGCCUUUCACGCCAACGAAACCUUCCCACGAGCGUCGUCCAGCCCACGAUCGCCCUGCUUCCAUACCACAGCCUGCCUUUAUCAACCCUGAUGCAUCAAAGGCCACGGGCGGCCCCCAGAUGAUUUUCACAGGUCCCGUCUUUAUUGGAUAUCCAAUGGAACAGGCCAUUCAGUUUAUGAACCAGUACCAACGAUCUUGA